AUGGCGGCGUCCAGAGAUACGCACGAAUUUGAUGGAGUUACGAAAAACGUUGAAGAAACGAAUAGUACCUCGGCGGCAUUAGAAACAGAUCAAGUCUCAAAAAAAGAAAUCGAAGACCCGGAGCUUGAUGAUCUCUUAGAUAAUGCACUUGAAGAUUUUGACAAAUGUCAAACUGCUACUCCUCCUCCUCCUCCGACGAUGAAGGCAGAUUCUAUGAAAGUUCCAGAGAGUACAGACACUGCUACUCCAGAUCCUCAGGUAUUACUUAGUAAUUUGCUUGGCAACCAAGUUGACCCUUCUGUGACAUCUGAUUUUGACAAAGCCAUGGAAGCAUUGAUGGCUGACAUAAAUAAACAACAAGAAGAUCCACAGUUAAAAGAACAACUAGAAAAACUAGUUGGAGCAGCAAGCAGUGAUCCACCAUUUGAGGGUGCUGCCGCUGGUGGAGCUCAAGAUUUUUCUAGAACGUUAGGUGAAACAAUGAAUAGAAUGGCACAAAGUACAGCAGAGUUAAAGAAAGAAGGUGGCUUAUCAGAGGAUGAUUUGAUGAAAGCUAUGGGUGGUAUGAAUUUAGAGGAAGGUUUAGAUAUGGACUUUAUGCCAAUGAUGCAAAAUAUGAUGCAAAAUCUACUUUCAAAAGAAGUGCUUUAUCCAUCAGUUAAAGAAAUAGUAGAAAAGUAUCCCAUGUGGUUAGAAGAAAAUAAAAGUAAAUUGAAAGCUGAAGAAUAUAGUGCAUAUGAAUUACAGCAUGAAACAAUGAAAUCAUUAUGUGAUGAAUAUGAGUCUGAAAAUGUAGCGGAUUCUGAUCAAGUGAAAAAGGAAAGAUUUGAAAGAAUUAUGCAAACAGUACAGAAGAUGGAAUCCCUUGGGCAGCCGCCAAAAGAUCUUGUAGGAGAAAUGGCACCAGGCAUUGAGUUUGAUGACCAUGGUAAUCCUAAACUACCUGGCUUACCUAGUGCAGACCAAUGUACAGUCAUGUAAAGACAUCGACCAAAUCAAGCUGGAUUCACUAACAGACCACUUUUUGUGAUUUUAAAGAAAUAACUAAUUUCCAAUCAGCAUAGUAUGAACAGUUUUGUAAUUAUUUAUUACUAUGUAAUAAUUCAGUUCUCAAAUUUUGUGAUAAUUAUGAAUAAUAAUGAAAUUAUUGUUUUUUAACUACCAGAUUACAUUGAUAGUAUAGCAGAACCUAGCUGUGGUUUCACAGCUCCAGGGUCACCCUAGCUUUGGUUUCACAGCUCCAGGGUCAACCUAGCUGUGGUUUACGGCUCCAGGGUCACCCUAGCUUUGGUUUCACGGCUCCAGGGUCACCCUAGCUUUGGUUUCACGGUUCCAGGGUCAACCUAGCUGUGGUUUACGGCUCUAGGGUCACCGUAGUUUUAGUUUCACGGCUCCAGGGUCACCCUAGCUUUGGUUUCACGGUUCCAGGGUCAACCUAGCUGUGGUUUACGGCUCUAGGGUCACCGUAGUUUUAGUUUCGUGUCUCUAGGGUCAACCUACAUGUAGCUGUGGUUUCAUGGCUCCAGGGUCAACAUAGCUGUGGUGUCACGGCUCCAGGGUCAACAUAGCUGUGGUUUCACUGAUCUAGGGUCAACUUAGCUGUGAUUUCACGGCUCUAGGGUCAACAUAGCUGUAGUUUACUGCUCCAGGGUCAACAUAGCUGUGGUUUCAUGGCUCCAUGGUCAACUUAGCUGUGGUUUCACGGCUCCAGGGUCAACCUAGCUGUGGUUUCACCAAAGAAUGGCAGCUUAUAAAUUUCAAAUAAGCUACCCAGGCAAGCAGGCACAAAUUCAUAUUUAUUCGAUAUGGCUGUUUGUCAGCCAUUUAUUUUGGAUAUGGCUCUCCGACCAUAACUUGUCCACAACUCAAAUUUCAUUCAAAAAAUUGUUUGUCAUUUUGGUUUAUAUUUCUGAUGUCUGAUUUUGUUUGACCUGCCUUAAUUUUUCAAUUUUGUUGUUGUUAUAGUUUUCUGUAUUUUUGUGGUUAAUUUUGAAACAUAUGGACAUAAGUUUUCAUUAUUCAUGUGUUUUGAUCACAAUUGUUGAAAAUAUGAAGAAAGUAGAGUUUAGCAGCUGCAGCAUCGUCAGUAUGAUGAUUGUGUUGUAUCACAUGAGGGCGCACUAUAAGUGUAUGAGGGCGCUACACAGUUGAUGUAAAUGAUAUAUGUAAUUACAUUUCAAUGUACAAUUGGUGGGUGUAUUUUUUAAAACCAAUGAUAUGGUUAUAACCAAUUACCAGUUUCUGAAUAGACUAUGUUAUAUAAUGCCCAAGUAUGGAGUGAAUCAUGGUAUGAGGUUACAACCAAGUUAUUCAAUGGAAUUGUAAAACUGACGGAAAUAAGACUUGAUCCACCCACUUUAUUACAGUCUCCCACCAGUUUGAAUGCACUUGGAACCCCUCCAUUAUAGGUGGUAUAUUCCUUCCUCACACUAAUUGUAUCAGUCUAUUAUUUUACCUGUAAAGGUACAUCAUGUACAUUUUGCUUAUAAAGACGUUACACAUUCUACCAGUGUACAAGUCAGAGGGAAUUCAGUGACAAGUAGUUUGAUUUGAAAACAUAAUUUUUAUAAUGUGCAAUAUUAAUAAAAUAUUUCAUGUAA